ACUUACAGGCGGAGACGGGCGCGCUGCGAGGAAACCCCGAGGGUCCACCAAUCGCGAGACGCCUUUCUAAGUCUGACCAAUUGCUCGCAAGAGGUCUUAACUUGGUUACCGGUCUGGGAACUACGUCGUGUGCGCACGGGACGCGCGCGAUUGCCGAGGCGCAACCACAGUUGAGUGGGCGGCUGCUCUGGCGGGGAUAGGAUCGCACAAACUUGUUACAAAUAGUCUCGAUUCCGUAGAAAAGAGUCCUGGUACCUUAUAGACAAGCCGCCGCGGAGACCGACUUAAGUUCAGAUUCGGCUUCCAGCUCUUCGUAGCGGUAUGCAAAGAAGCUGCUUUGUCCUGAUGUCUUUGGAGAUACUAUGGAUGAGUCCGGAGUUCUCCUCUGGGUAAAAGCAGAACCGUUUAUAGUGGGUGCCUUGCAAGUCCCACCCCCCUCCAAAUUCAGUCUUCACUACCUCAGGAAGAUAGCCUCCUAUGUGCGGACUCGGGCCACAGAAGGCGCCUACCCACGCCUGUACUGGUCUACGUGGAGGCACAUAGCAUGUGGAAAGCUGCAGCUGGCCAAGGAGCUAGCAUGGCUUUACUUUGAGAUAUUCGAUAAUCUUUCGGUGAGGACACCCGAGGAGCGCCUGGAGUGGUCUGAAGUUUUGUCCAACUGCACGACCGAAGAAGAAGUGGAAAAGAAAAGAAAUCAGCUUUCAGUGGAUACCCUGCAGUUUCUGCUCUUCUUGUACAUCCAACAGUUAAACAAGAUCUCCCUGCGGACAUCUUUGAUUGGGGAAGAGUGGCCCAGUCCCAGAAGCAGACCGCAGUCUCCUAACCUAACUGAAAGGACCAGUUGUAACAAUAAGAAUUGGAACGACUACAGUCACCAGGCUUUUGUCUGUGACCAUCUGUCGGAUCUCCUCGAGCUGCUUCUAGACCCAGGACAACUUAGUGCGUCCUUCCACUCAACCCACAGCAGUGUGCUCUCUCAAGACGCCAUCCCGGCGCUCAGCUUCCUCAUCGAGGGCACCGUGAGCAGAACCAGGAAGGUCUACCCCCUUCAUGAACUUGCACUGUGGCAGCCGCUGCACGCAGAAAGUGGCUUCUCGAAGGUCUCGAAGACGUUCUCUUUGUACAAGCUGGAAGCCUGGUUGAGAGCCUGUUUGACUGCAAAUCCCUACGGCCCAUCCGCUUGCCUCAAGUCUGGAAAGAAAUUGGCUUGGGCUCACCAAGUUGAAGGUGUGACCAAAAGAGCAAAGAUUGCUUGCAAUACUCACGGGGCCCCUCGGAUGCACCGCAUGGUGGUGAUGAGCCAGGUACACAGGCAAACUCUGGCCAAGAGCUCAGACACUCUAGUAGGAGCACAUGUCAGGGUUCAUCGCUGCAAUGAGUCUUUCAUAUAUUUGCUCUCCCCCUUGCGAUCCGUGACAAUUGAAAAAUGCAGGAAUAGCACCUUUGUGCUGGGUCCUGUGGAGACGGCUCUCCACCUACAUGACUGUGAGAAUCUAAAGGUCAUUGCUGUUUGCCACCGGCUGUCCAUCUCCUCUACAACUGACUGCACCUUCCACAUUAUGACACCGUCACGCCCACUCAUUCUCUCUGGGAACCAGAGAGUAACUGUGGCCCCGUUUCAUACCCAUUACCCAAUGCUAGAGGAGCAUAUGGCCAGGACAGGCCUUGCCACGGUCCCCAACUACUGGGAUGACCCGAUGGUUGUGUGCAGAGAAAGCAGUGAUGCAAGAGUCUUCCGGCUCUUGCCACCUUGUGAGUUCUACGUGUUUGUUGUUCCCUUUGAGAUGGAAGGGGACACGGUGGAGAUCCCCGGGGGUCUCCCCUCGGAGUACCAGAAAGUGCUGGCUCAGAGAGAUCAGAAGAUUCAGAUCUGGCAGAAAACUGUGAAGGAGGCUCGUCUGACAAAGGAGCAGAGGAAGCAGUUCCAGGUCCUUGUGGAGAACAAGUUCUGCGCAUGGUUGAUUGAGACAGGACAUCGGCACCAGCUGGACAGCCUCGUGCCACACGCAGCGGCCUCCAAACAAGUGUCCAGAUAGCACACCACACGGAAC